AACUUCUCCAAGUAAGUGGAAACAAUACAUGAUAGGUAACCGCGCUAACACUACUGACACAUAUCUAGGCGUCAACUGAAACAAGUGAUUCCCCGGAUUAUCUGCGCGUUCAAUACGGUUGUGCAAACUACUUUAAUUGUUUCUACUAAUACCAAACUGUAAAAAUGAGUUAUGAAAAAUCUUGUGAAAAUUCCCGCAUCGUUCAGGAAAUUCUACGUGACCCAAUGGCGAAUUAUUGGGGAGCUGAAAUGCAUAAUCCCUAUGUCCUAAGGACCGUUAACAAGAAUUCACUUGAAUUUUCUCGCGUCGAAGGUAUAUUUAAUCAGACAGCCAGAGGUCUAGAAAUUUCCAUAUUACAACGAGUGGAAAAUCCUUACUUGCUUGGACAAUACUCACUGAAAAAGAAGAAACUGUCAGACAAGUACGGUUUCGUACGUGAGCUUUCGUUGUUCCAUGGAACAAGACAAAUUUACAUCGAUGGAAUUUGCAAAUCUAAUUUUGAUUGGCGACGAUGUGGGAAUUCCAGGGGGCACAAAUUUGGCCGUGGAGUUUCGUUUGCACCCGAAGUUUCGUAUGCACGUCAUUACACUUUCGGAGACAACGUUAUGUUCCUUUCGAAAGUGUUGGUAUGCAAUUCAAUAAUUGGAAAUGUUUCCACGACUGUUCCACCCGAAUUGUACGAUACUACGACAAAUGCACGAAACACUGUGUACGUAAAAUAUGAAGAUGAUGAUUUUUAUCCCCAGUACGUUAUUCAUUACACUACAUUUGACAGUGCCUUAAGGGACAUUCUCCAAAAGAUGAGAACAAUGACAGACGGGGGUUCAUUUGGAAUCUUCGACUAGAUAACACAAAAAGUUUAUCUCAUUGCCACUAAAAAAAUUUUUUUUCAUUUAAUUCAUCAAGUAACUUGUAGAAUUCUUCUUCUUCCACAGGACAGAGGGGUGUGGCCGUAGCUACGUCGCUAUGUAGCCAAACUUGUAGAAUUGUUAGUUUAAUAUACGAUUUUUUCCACAAGUUAGAUUGGAAAAUAUCAAUUAUUUCAGUAUGUAUUUUUUAGUUUAAUUAAGACACUGUAUUAUUAUUUCAUAGUAUUGUUUAUAUAAUUAUGUAUGUUAUUCGCAUUAUUUUAACACGAUGGUAUUCAUUAGAUUAGAAAAUUCAAAUAAAAAAUAUACAUAUACAAUUGUAACUUCAUUUUACAAAUAAAAUACAUAUUUUUAUUUA